CACGCUGGUCUGGUGAGCGUGAGUGAUGGCAAGUCGAAGCCUCAACCCAUGAAGCUGAUCCUGACUUCGGACUCCCUGGUCCUCCAGCGAGAGCAACUCGUCAUCAGCACCAAGAACCUCGAAGCUAAUGGUCCUGAUGCCAGGAUCCGGCGAGUGAAGGUGGUUCGUCAGAGGAACUCCGGCUUGGGUCUCAGCAUCAAGGGAGGAUCCGAGCACAAGCUACCCAUCCUCAUCUCCAGGAUCUUCAAGGACCAAGCUGCUGACCUCACUGGCAAACUCUUCGUCGGAGAUGCCAUACUCAAGGUGAACAACCAGUCACUGUUGCGGUGCACUCACGACGAGGCUGUGAGUGAACUGAGGCAAGCAGGUGACGAGGUACUGCUGACAGUGCGACACUACAAGGCCGCUACUCCCUUCCUCAACAAGAAUGACGACAAUGUGAGCACGACUGAGAGCACCACAUCACAGCUGAGGCCUGAGGAUGGUUGGCGCUCCCCCUCCAACCCCACAACCCCGACCACGCCCUCCUCCACACCCACCUCCGCCAAGAUCACCAACCACAAAAUCUCCAACAGCGAUCAGACCGACUCCAUCGUCUCCAACAACAGCACCACCACCACCGACUCUUCCUCCAACAAGAGCACAACCACCAACAAUCUCAACAAAGUCAACAAUAGCCGAAACGAAGUCAUCUCCAAGCACACCCCCAAUGGCCUCUCCAACGCUUCCUCCACCACCACAACUACUCCAACCACCGCCACCAACACCCCAACGGGCGAUACCACCCCCAACGGACCAAAGGUGGAGAAGCAGUGGGUGGACAUUGUCACAGUGCCUCUCAUGAUGGCGUACAUCACUCGCUACAUCUUCGGCACCGACAAGCUACGGCCGCAGGCAUUCGAAGUUCGGGGCAUCAAUGGGAUCAGCACUGGCGUUGUUCACUGUCAGGACGCCGCGAUGCUCUCCCAGUGGAUCAAACACAUCACCAACAACAUCAUCGGUCUUACCAACCUCCAGAUGAAGCUGUACAACUCCAGUUUCCCUGCGUCUGAGCAUGUACUUUACAUGGGGUGGGUGUGCGAGGGUGUACUGAACCACAACCUGCCCUGGCAGAACUGGAAGCCCAAGUUCAUUGCACUGAAGGGCACAGACAUCUAUAUGUUUGACACUCCGCCAUUGAAUACUCAUGACUGGGUUGAGCGGGCGUCGGUAUGGGCAGUGCACCAAACUAUGUUCCGAGUGAUCAAGGAGUCAGAGUACGUGGACGAGCGACAACACUGCUUCCUGCUGCAGACGGCCAUGCAAGAGUCUCGCUACCUUAGCGUUGAGACACGACAGGACCUCCUCAGGAUCGAGAAUGCUUGGCAUCGCGCCGUCUACAAUGCCGUCACCAGACUUGGGAACAAGACGUUUGCGGUAACCCAGGGAGGCAGAUCGUCUGGGUUGACGCUGGACUGGGCGGGCGGCUUCGCUCUUUACGACACCGAGACGAGAGAGUUCCACUGGCGUUACAAGUUCUCCCAACUCAAGGGUUCUUCAGACGACUCCAAGACCAAACUCAAACUCCACUUCCAGAAUGAAAAUAAGGAGAUUGAGACGAAGGAGCUGGAGUGUGCCACCAACCUUCAGAACCUGCUUUUCUGCAUGCAUGCCUUCCUCACCGCCAAGGUGGCGGCCGUUGACCCAUCCUUCUUAAGAGCUCCACCCAAGACGCCCACGUAGUCACGCCCACGCCCAUAAGAUGAGGAAGCGAGGAUGUGUGCGGGGCGGUCAAGACGUAGACGUCAAGCUUAACCGUACAGCAGACAUCUCUUCUGCUAAGGAACCAGUUAUAUUUCGCGACGUCACAAAUACGUCAUUAUUGUUGUACCA